AUGUGCAAGGGUAAAGAGACUGUGGCAUUUUUAUCCAAACAUUUCCUUCCUAUAGGAACACUAUUUAUCAUCCCUCUUGGAAUUCUUUUUCCUGCUCCUGCAGUCUACCUUAAUGGAAAACUUCCUGUAGUCCUGAUGUGUAUUGUAACAUUAUUUUUUGUUAUUGGAACGAAAUUUCGUUUGACAGAGAUUCAAUCUGCUUUACGUUGUUAUAAAGAGACUGCCUUGGGAAUAAUCGUUGUUUUAUUGCUCACUCCAGUUGUUGGAACGAAGUUACUGAUGUUACCAAAGUUUCGAGAGGUUCCCAGGUCAGGUUUGGAUGCAGCAAAUAGUACAUUGAACAGUAGCUGGACAAUUGAAUUACCAGAUUUUGGUCCGGAGGAAUUUCGUAUUGGUCUACAGAUAUUUUGUGUUUCUCCAUGUGCAUCAGCAUUUCCUACUGUAGUGGUGAGUACAUUUUCAACCCAGUCAAGCACUCACUCCAUUUCAAGCUAA